AUGGUGUCAUUCUGGCCUUUCCGCGGCGGCGAGGACAACGCCGAGUCCUUCGAAAAGGCCUUGAGCAAGCUGUCCACCCAGAUCAAUAAGACUAGCGCCCAGAACGAACGAUUUCGACAACAGCAGCGACGGUACAAGGCUCUGUGGACGUUGUAUACAAGCUUCAUUUAUAUCCUGGUUGCUGCUAUCCUAACACUUGUGACGGGGUGGGACAGAUGGAGUUACUUCGAGUACACAGCAGUGGCAGGAGGGCCGGUCAUCAUCUAUGGUGUUCGAACUGCCCUUGAUGCAUACUUCAACUACCGGAUAUCGAACUCGCAGAACCACCUGAACGAUCUGACCAAACAGCGCGAGGCGACGAUCGAACGUUUGAAGACGGCUACAAAGUACAACAGCACGCAGCAGCUGUUGGAGAAAUAUGGAGGGUCACCGCCCAGAAAGAGACAACCUUCACCACAACCCAAGGCAAAAAGGAAGUCAGAGGGUGGACAAGGUACGCAGGGCACACCACAGCAGACUGGUAGAACCGGGUUUGCUCCGCCGCCGACUGCCAACAUACCGGGCAGGCAGUCUCCACCCGCACCGCCCCCACCCCAGGGCGAACCAGGCUCUGUUCCACGACCGUCGACAGGUCUUGCACCACCACAGCCUGCAGGCCUCAUGCCUCCACCUGACCAAAGCGGUCCUGGAGAGGACUUUGCUCCAAAUGCCUUCUCAUCACCCCCUCGACCGUCUAUCCCGCCGAUCCGCCAACCCUCGCAAUAUGCAACAGAAGGACCUAAGUGGUACGAUCGCAUCCUCGAUGUAGUACUGGGCGAGGACGAGACACAGGCGAAGAACAGAAUAGCUCUCAUAUGUCAGAGCUGCAAGCUGGUCAAUGGUCAGGCGCCGCCAGGAGCAAGGACGUUGGAAGACAUUGGGAGGUGGAGGUGCAGCAGUUGUCAUGCAUGGAACGGUGUUGAAAGCGAAGAGAAGCGUAUACUGCAGCAGAUGUCGCAGGGUGGUGCUGAGAGUCCUACCUCGCCCGUCGCACCCUUCAGCGCUGCUACUGACCCUGGUCCGGGAGUAAAGUCUAUGUCGGGGGAAGCCGGCGAUGAUGAAGAAGACGAAGACGAGCUUGAAGAUGGCCAACCUGAGGAGGUCGAAGUCGAGACUCCAUCAGCUGGCUCCACGCGCAGCAAAGCGCGCCAGAGGAAGGCCUGA